GGAAGCUACAAGUAUAACCUGAAGCUAUCGACCAGACGCUUGUGCUGCCACGUCGCUCUUACCUCUUACUUGACUGUUGUAGAACCAACUCGCAUCGGACCUCUCGCAUCCAUUCGCGACCCGCGCGUCUGACUACAAAAUCCACCUCAUCAUCGCGACAAGCGCCCGGUCCGUCAUUAUUCGAAACACCUUCGCCCGCCCGACGCGCACUCCCGCCCAAUCAUCCUCCAACCAGCUCCUGCUAUUGGUGGCAUUCACGGUGGUCUCCCCAGCGCUGUUGCAUACAUAGACCACGCGGCCGCCCGAUUGCUGUCCUCAAAACACACAUACACCAACAUCAACAAACGUAGCCAGGACCCUGACCCAUCGCGACAAUGGCUGGCCUCGUAGGAAAAUAUGCGGCGAACAAGUUAUUGAAGAAGCACAUGAAGCAGUAUGAGAACAAGAAGGUCGAGAGCGGGCAGGACCCCUUCUUUGCCUACGUCGAAGACCCGCGCAAACCUGGCAAACUGAAGAAGGUCAAAAAGCAGAUUCCCGCUUACAUUCCCGAACACGAUGCCAUGAUCCUCGCCUCCGUCCGAAAGAGAGCCUACCAACUCGACUGCGGUCUGUUCGAAAUCUUCGGCAUCCGAUUUGGCUGGGAAUCGAUUAUUGGCCUCGUACCUUUUGCAGGAGACGCAAUCGGUGUCGCCCUGGCUCUGCUGGUCGUUAAGAAGUGUAUGAAGGUGGAAGGCGGCCUUGGCCAGGCGCUCCUCAUCCGCAUGAUGAUCAACGUCGCCAUUGACUUCUUGGUCGGCCUUAUCCCUUUCGUGGGUGAUUUGGCAGAUGCGGCUUUCAAGUGCAACACCAAGAAUCUCCGACUCCUCGAGGAACACCUUGAUGGGAAGCAUAAGCCCAGUUCUCUUAAGAGAGACGAGCGCGACUUCGCGGGUGUCGAUAAGCAGACGAGAAUGUCGAACAGAAAGAGUGGCAUUUACAUGCCUAACGAUCCACCACCUGCCACUGCAUUCGACGACAGCGACAUCGAGGAUAAUCUUGGCCGUCAUAAUGGGACAGAAGCUCAGGCUCCUCGUGUACAAGAACCUCUUCCUGCAAUAGUGCCGGAAGACCGACGUGGCGGAGACCGCGGUGGUUGGUUCUCUGGCAGCAAGAGCAAGCGCGAGCAAAGGGAUACAGAACUCCGGCCAGACGUGAGGAGCGAUCGCCGUUAGAAUGGAAUGCUCUUACACAAUCGAAUACUUUGAAAAGUACCACAGCGAGGCGUUGAGGAUUUGAUAGCGACUCGAUACCCUUCUUGUACGGAACAAAUCAUAGCGCACAGCAUGAGUGUCCUGGAGGCAUCAGUCUAGGCGGUCUGAUGGGUUAUUAUAGCAUAAUAUCAUACAUAAUAUGCUAAUCACUUUACCUUACAAC